UGGCGCUCGUCGGCGGCCAAUGGGAGCAUCCGCGCGGUUCGCCGGUGCCUGGGACUGCGAGUGGCCGGAGGUAACGGCAGCGUCUCAGCAUCCCCACACACAACCCGAGCGAGAGGAACCUGCGGGCUGAAGGCGAGGAAGGAUGGAUCGAAUGAGUGAGGAGGCACUGCGGCUGAACCUGCUGAAGAGAGGCUUGGAGCCUGCAGAGGAUCGCAGUCGGGUUCAGGAUGAUGUUCUGCCCAAGAGGCUGAAGGUGGAGGGCCAUGAGGCCAUGGAGCGUCUGAAGAUGCUGGCCUUGCUGAAGCGGAAGGAUCUGGGAGGUUUGGAAGGUGGCUCGGGGGGUCUGGCAGACUUACGGGGAGCAGGGGCCAGCAGCCACACGGCACUGGGAUACACUGCCUAUGAGGAGAAGCUGAACGGCAACCUGAGAGCGCCGGCCAUGGCCCACUCGCUAAUGGGGCGCAGUGGCAAGGAGAACAUCAGUGAUGAGCCUGUGGACAUGAGUGCCAAGAGGAGUGCUGUGGAUAAAGAUCGUCACACUCCCUCUCCUGAUGUCAUUGUCCUGUCUGACAAUGAGGCGUCCAGUCCCAAAGGAGCGGGCAGAGAAGAGCGAGCGAAGCCUGUAAAUCUGGACAUGUUUAAGGGAAAGAGUGUAGCGGAGCGUCAGCGGGUGAUUAAAGCUCUGAGAGAGGAGUUGAGGCUGGAGGAGGCUCGUCUGGUUCUGCUAAAGAAGCUCAGACAGUCUCAACUACAGAAGGAGAACCUCUCCCACAAGGUGUCUGUGGUCCAGAGCAGUUCAUCAUCUUCUGUCCACCCCUCAACCCACAGCUCUCAGGCCAGCACCAAGCUGCCCCCUGGAACUGGCCACAGACAUCAUAGCACAGACACCCAGAACCUCCGUGCUGCACAGGGUCAGAGUGUGAUCCGGUCUGCAGUCAGCGCCUCCGUGCCCCAGAUGAUGAUGUCUCAGCGUGUGGUUGCCCCAAGCCCGGGGCAGCUGCAGAGCCACAGAAUGCAACCCAAACCCAGCAGCAUGCGCACACCCUCAACCAAUAUCAGCAGCACUGUCAGCUACCAGCAGACAUCUAGUCAGCAGGUGUCUGUGCCUCAGCGAUCCAGCUCCUCCUCCAUCUACAUGAACCUGGCACACAUGCCGGCAGUGGGUGUGGCCGGAAUGGCAAGUGGGGUGGCAUCGUCCUCGCUGGCCAGCGCAAGCUCCGCCUCUUUACAGGAUGUGGCCAGCAGUCAGGCUGCAGCCAAACUGGCCCUACGCAAACAGCUGGAGAAAACACUGCUGGAGAUCCCACCACCCAAACCACCAGCGCCCCUCCUCCACUUCCUGCCUUCAGCCGCCAACUCCGAGUUCAUCUACCUGCUGGGGUUGGAGGAGGUUGUGCAGUGUGUCCUUGACAGUCAGGGUAAGCUGCGUGGGGCUCUGGGUCAGUUGGAGCCCUUUGCUUGUGCUCAGUGUAAAACUGACUUCACCCCCCACUGGAAGCAGGAGAAGGGUGGGCGCAUCCUCUGUGAGACAUGCAUGACGUCCAAUCAGAAGAAGGCUCUAAAAGCAGAGCACACCAACAGGCUGAAGAAUGCCUUUGUGAAGGCUCUACAGCAAGAGCAGGAGAUUGAGCAGCGGUUGCAGCAGGCUGCCCUGUCCACCAGUCCCACAGUGUCUGCUGCUAGUGUCAGCAAAGCUGAGUCCAUGAUCAGGCACCACACUAUCAGACAGGCAUCCCAGUCACAGAGUGCCCAGUCCCAAGUGUCUGUGCAGCGCAGCGCAUCCUCUUCAAGCUCUGGCACAGCGCGGGGUGUACUAUCCAACUUCGCCCAGGCCUCCCAGCUCGCACUGCCCACUGCUAUUAUGGGUAUGACCAGCAAACACUGCUCCAGUUCCAGCAGCCGGGCACAGCACGACGGACGACAUCAGCUAUACAGCAUCCCUGGAGUAAACAUCGCGUACCUGAGCCCGGGCACUGUCGGAGGUCAUAAGUCGUCUAGUUUAGCGGACAGACAGCGCGAGUACCUGCUGGACAUGAUUCCCCCUCGCUCUAUAUCUCAGUCCAUUACUGGACAGAAAUAAAUCUUCACAUUCACACCUAACCCCGUCAUGCACACCAUAGCCAAAAUAUGCAUAGAAAUGCAUUCACACUAUCCUAAUUCUAUCUUUAUCUUUAUCUCUCUUAUUCAUUCACUCUUACCCGCUCGCUCGCUCUCACAAACACACAUACACAUACACACACACACAAACACACACACUCUCAAAUUCACACACUCAUAAACACAGACACACCUCCACUAUUGCUCCCCCUGUUGCAUGCAGUGCCUGUCAGUCUGCUUACCAGCUAAUAUUUCUGUGUAACACAAUCAGUGACUGUAAGACUCCAGUGCUGAGACUCCAGUCACUCUCUGCAAGUAUGCAAACCCUCCUCAACACUACUGUCCCCUGCCCACUGACCGGGGGUCUCCUCCACACCCACCCACUCGCCCUCACUCACUCUAGAUAUGUGUAUGUAUGUGUCUGUGUGAGAGUGAGUGCGUGGACCUCUUUUGUAAAUUCAUAUGCUUUUUAGUUAGAGUGUUUUUUUUUAAGUUCAGCAUUAAUAUUUCAAAAGUGUGUGAGUGUAUAUGAGUGUGUAUGAAUGUGUGUGUGUGGUAGUACUGUGCAGUGAGAGUGAGACCGACUUUUGUAAUUGAAUUUAAAUGGACACUGUUGUUUUUUGUCGUUUGAUUUUCUGAAAGCAAACAUCAGUGUUUUUAAUGAGAUGGGGUUUAAAUGAAGAAGCCUUAUAUCAUACCUUCUAUCACUUUAUGUGGAGCUUUUGUUUUCAUGCUACAGCUAAGCUACUUUUAGCUGACUUUGCAAUACUUAAUUACCAUUUCCUAAAGACUGGACAAAAAAAAAAACGUUUUUUGUAACUGUUCAGACAGUUUUCAGCAUCUUUAUUUAGGGCUCUUACUGUUUUGGCAGUGUUUUUCCUCCCCCAGCGUGAAAAAGCCGGGUCUGUAACACUUCUGAGCUGCCAGUUGUUCAAACCUCGGCCCUCGUCGCAUCCGUCAGCUCAUCGCUCCCCCCUUCAGACGCACUUUAGGCAAGAUCAUUGGCUCAUUUAUAUACACAUGUAUCAUUUGUUUCAUCAUGAUCUCUAAACCGAGUCACUUCUAUAGUUCUAUCUCUCAUCAAAUGAACAGGAUUGGAACGACGCUGGUGACGGUCCAGUUUUGACAUUAAAUAAUGUUGAAGUGAAAUGAUUGAUGCUUUGGAUGGUGAGGAUUUCGAGUUUUAAAGGUGCUGUUUGUCGGAUUUUCCUCUCUUCUUUGUGAAGUUGACAGAGUGGAGGAACUUCUCAUGCGCUGCCCCUUUAUGAGAACAGUGCAAUAUUGAGAUACACAGGGAAGAAGUUACGUUUGUUUUAUUUAUUUGGUUAAAAUUUCAUGCUUGUUUUUGGCUUCAUUUUUGUUGUUUUAAAAAAAAAAAGUUUUUCUUGCCAUUUUUUAGUAAAUAUGUACAGUAUAGAAUGCUACCCAGAAAACAUGCUUCUUUCUAUCUUACUUUCUUUCUUUGUUUCUCACCACGUGCCCCAAGGCACUUUUGUUGACUAAAAAACUGAAAAAAAAGAUAAUUCUUCGUAUAUGUAAAGCUGAUUUUUUGAAAAAAAAAAAUUCUUACAAAAUACUUGUAAAAAAAAAUUCUGCUAGAAAAUUCAAGUCAUUUUGUCAGUGAUGCCCCAAGUAUCUUACUUUCCUGGUUUACUGGUCAAGGUUUUAUGAAUAUUGAACUUAUAACAAGUAUUAAAAAUACUUAUUUGCAUGGAAAGACAUUGUUAAUAAUGUAUUGUAAAUAUGCCUCAUUUGCUUUUGGGGCUCAAAACAUGAAAUCAACACAUUUGUACAUUGUAUAGAAAAAAAAACAGAAGCCAUUGAUAUUGUGAGUGUCAUUUUGUCAUGUGAUCCCUGUGUAGUACUACACACCAAUGUAUGAGAUUACAAUGUUUUCUUUUAAUUCAUUCUCAAAAUAUAUUUUCUUGUCCCCUCUGUAUGGGUUGUGCUAUGUGAAAUGUGCUUCAUACACCUGGUCCUUCUGUUCUUGAACUCUUUGAUCACUUACUUGGCCACAGUCUCUCUCUCCCAGUCUCACCUGCCUGUGUUAAAGUUGAUGCUUUACGUUCUGUUCACCUCCCUCUGUACAUUACGCUGUUGUAGACCUACAUUAACUUGUACGUUUGGGAGAUGUAGGAAGGUUCAGACAGCUUCAUGAAACAGUUGAAGACGCUCUCAGUGCUUUCACGUUUAUUCUCUGCAGUCGGCCCUUUAUGAUCCAUCACCCCCUGGGGCCAGGGCCAGGACUUGGUCUUGUUCUUUGCUUUUCUUUUGUAUGAUUCUUCAUUACAAAAGCAACAUGCUGUGUGUGUUCUGGAUGGUAAAGAUGAAUGUGGAAACUGAGCAGAGUGAAGUAAAGAGGCUUGUUUUCUUGCAGGACAAAUGUUGCUUCAUAUAAUUUCAGUAAAUAAGCUUACAAUAAAGACAAAUAAAGGAAAUGCAUCGGUGA